UGUAAUAGUAAUAGUGCUCUAUUUUUGUUUUUUCUCGUUUCUCACCGAAGCCCAAACGCAAACGAAAUCGCUGAAGAAGGAAAGGUUUACAAAAACAAGACAGAGCGUUUGCAGUUUCAACAAUGGACGAUUAUACGAGGGAAAUGAUGGACUUGAAAACCCUUGUCACUCGAACGCUCGAGAAGAAGGGUGUCCUCGCUAAGAUCCGGGCCGAACUCAGAGCCAGUGUUUUUGAGGCUAUUGAAGAGGAGGACCGGGUAAUUGAAAAGGAGGAAGGUCUGCCUCCUGCCUUGUUGGGUAGCUGCAAUGAUCGUGCAAAACAACUUCAUGCUUCUCCCUCAGGAAGGUUACUAACUGCACUAAUAUGUGAAUAUUUGGAUUGGGCUCAACUAAACCACACAAUGAAAGUUUAUCUUCCAGAAUGUAAUUUGCAAAAAGAUGCUUGGAAAGCUGAGUUGAAGGAAUUUAGUAGCAAAAAUGGUUAUGAUCUUAACAAAAAUGGAGAUAGUGCUCCUUUGCUUUUGGAUGUUCUUGAGGGAUUUUUGAAGUUUGAGAAUUCAUCCCAACCAAGGGCUACUGGAAGGAGACAACCAGAAUCUGAGGUCUUGUCAAAUUUAGAGUCCAGGAAUUUACGAAGACCUUCAUCGUCGUCUAUUGCUGGGGGCUUACCUCCACUGGGAAGGCCCCUUCCUGCUUCUCAGGCAUCUGAUAGGAGAGCUGGGUCCUCCAUGUCUGGUUACAGGAAAGAUGAAUACAAUUGGAGAUAUGACACUGAUGAGCUUUCAGAUGAUGUGAUUCGAGCAUCAGCAGCACUAGAAAACCUUCAGCUGGACAGAAAAACUCGGAAUCUAAAUACAUCAUGGCGGCAUGCUGGUGAUGGAAUCAACGAUGAAGAUGGCAGACAUGAUCAUAUGUAGUGAAGGGUAAUUCUCUUUGUGGGAAAUUUGCUUGAAGAUUGCUCGGAAAGUGUCGUAUUGUUCUAACUGCACCCACCGAUGGGAAAUAGCUAUGAGGAAGGAAAAAAGAAUAAACUUUCCGAUGGAGCAAUUGCCAUACAUAUUGAUUGGAUCCAUUCCAGGGUUUCUAUUAAUUGUAAUGAUUUUGUGUAAAAAAAAAGCAUUGAUGCUAGAGAUUCUCUAAGUAUUUGGAAUAUGUUGAAUUACCUAAGACAAAUUUUGUGGUUAGAAUCAUCAUCCGUAUAAUUUGAUCUAUACUUAUUUUACUUGUAUCUGUAACGACCUAGCUUACACUUGAUCUGGCUCACCUGUUUGUCAGGUCUAGGUUUGAUAGGUUUGUUUUGGCAAUUUUGUGUCCUUGUUAUAUAAAUACUGUAUAUUGUAGCUGUUUUUGGAAAA